GCAUCUGCUUUAAAAUGAAAGCAACUGCUGCAGAUUGCCGCAGUCGCACUCGCAUUCGACGUUCGCAAGAUGAUCUGCUGCUACACCACAAUUAAGUACACUGGACUCUUGUCCAAUUUGCUGUAUAUGCUGCUGGCCAUUGGCGUAAUGGCUGCCGGUGGAUUGGGUCUGCAGAUGGCGCAACCAAACACGCCGGAGCACACGUACUUUGUGGAGAGCCUGGUGCUCGGGGCUACGAUCUGCACCAUAAUUAUGUUUGGCUGCUAUGGCCUGGUCAGUGAUUUGCUUAGUGUGAACAUAAUUUUUACCGGCUUCAUUUUGAUCGUGCUCGGACUGGAGUAUUUGCAGCUGCACAACUAUCAGCCGCACAGUCGCUAUAAAAACACCGCGCAGCAGCUGGAGCUGACAACGGUCUGGCACGAGUUGGAGAAGCAACCGGGGCUUAUGCAGCAGUAUGAGCAGCAGCAUCAUUGCUGCGGCUACAAUAAUGCCAGCGACUACAAGGCUAUGCAUUUGCCCAUACCCAAAAGUUGUUAUCAGCCUGGCAGCGAUGAGCUGCUCUUUACACACGGCUGUCAAGCGACAUUGAAGCAUGGCCGCAGCCGCAUCGAGCAGCGCGAUAAGCUCUUCAUGUGGUGCAUCGUUGGCCUUGAGAUUUUCAUACUGGUGCAGACGAUUGUGUUGAGCGGGCUGCUUUAUAAGCUGAGACAGCGCGAGCGACUGGCACGACAGCAGGUGCCGCCAGGUGUGCGCCGCGAGCCGCGCGCCAAUCAUGUGGGCUCCCGUACCCAGCUGCUGGACAAUGCUUGAGCUUCGACAUCAUAUCAAAUAAGUCGUUUAUUGUAUUAUAAAAAAAAUUCAAAAGUUCUAGUAGGUGUAGCGACGCGGUUUGUUGGUUAGCUGACAACACAGCGUAAUGCCCAAAAUAAUGCCGAUAAUCUGCAAGAGAGAAAUACA